CCAUGUGGAUGCAAUAUACGCAAUGCAAACACGCACACGUAACUCGUUCAAUAUUUACAAAUAGACACAAAGGUGCAGCAGCAGUAGUUGGUGAGAGUCGCGCCGAAGAGUGUAGGAAGAAGCAAUAAAACUGGAACGAUGUCUGCGACCGUUUCGCUGUUUAUUUCCAUUGGCUUGGUCGGAAGCGUUCUUGGGGUGUGUCCAAAUGUGAUUAGCAGAGCUGAAUGGGGAGCGGCGCCCGGCGAGACGACAUCCCUGAGGGCGCAUCCGGCGACGCACGUGGUCCUCCAUCACUCGGAGACGCCGACCUGCACGAACCAGGAUAAUUGCAUGGCCAUAGUUAGGUCCAUCCAGAAGAACCACAUCAAAUGGCUCAGAUACACGGACAUCGGAUACAACUUUCUGAUUGGAGAGGAUGGCAAUGUGUACGAGGGUGUCGGUUGGGGCAAGAUGGGAAAAGACAAUACGUCCUUGGAUCGAGUGAGCAUAGGAAUCUGCAUGAUCGGAGAUUUCACGUCAAUUAUGCCGAGCGAUAAGGCGCUGACGGCCCUCAGGAGUCUGAUAGGAUGCGGGGUCGAGCGAAAUCACUUGAGCUGGGAUCACCGGAUGGUCGCGCACGGUCAACUGAAGAACACCAAAUGUCCCGGAUACAAGCUGUACCAUCACAUCAGAGGAUGGCCCAACUGGUCGGCAUAUCCUUAGAACAUUGCAAAAGUACGCCAUCUAUCGGCGAACCGUCCAACCACCAAAUUAACUAGUUUUAAUCUCACCGAAAUAAACUUAAACCUCGAUUACCAUUUAGUUAACACAAUUAAAAAGAAUAGAGAAAUAA